UGUCAUGCUCUGAGAGAUCCGUUUUCACGGCGCCCUUGGUUAACCCUUUCGUGCACUGCGGUCCUAACGAACCCCCCACCGUCGCUCACCAUCACCUCGUCAGCUCUGACCCGGUCUGCAGAGUCCAAAAUAAUUGGGCUUCUGUGCCAAACACGGCCAUACACGGGACAAUGAACCAGCACCAGCCGUCGCAGCCACAGCCGCAGGAAGCUAUGGCUCAACCUCCUCACCAAUACCACCAGGGAGUGCUGAAUUGGGACGAGAGACGGUUGAGCUCGGUCGGGGUUCCGCAGGUCAGUGCGUGCCCUUACAGCGCGUCAAACAGAAAGGAAGACUCCUCCUAUUUGCUCAUGGAACCUGGCUACCACUCCAAACCGUCACCGGACGUGUCUGCCUUUACCAGACUAAUGUCAGAGAUGGGCUCUAUGACCGGAGGUUCUGGUCCAAUUCAGGGCUACUUCCGUCCGGAGCAGUCAUACUCGGGGAUCAAAGUCCACGAGUACAACAACGGUGUGCACGCCUUGCCCGCGACCAGUCAACCGCGCGCGCCCCACUCAGACUCGCGCCAUUUGUACAACUUGAGCUUCCCAGUGCAGCCAUGUCCAGAUACUGACAUCAAGCGCGUUACCGAUGACUUGGCGCUGGGCAGAAAUGAGUGUCCAGUCGAGAGGAGCGAUAGCAGCAGCAGCAUCAUCACCCUGACGAGCAGUCGAAGCAACACAGAAGACGUAGUUACUGCUUUACGGCGAGAUAAGUCCCUCACAGACUUACCCGAGGCCGAUAAAAGUCCCAGACAGGAGACGCAAGAGGAUGGCACAUUCGAAGACGCGUCUAGUGGAUGGCUGUGUGCAAAAGCCGGGAGGAAGAAGCGAUGUCCUUACACCAAAUACCAAACCCUGGAGCUGGAAAAGGAGUUUCUCUUCAACAUGUAUCUGACUCGCGAGCGCCGCCUGGAGAUCGCUCGCAGUGUUAGCCUCACUGAUCGACAAGUCAAAAUCUGGUUCCAGAACCGCCGCAUGAAGAUGAAGAAGAUGACACGGGAACACAGAACCUCGGACACCAUCGCUCAUUUCCCCAUUUGAUGUCUCACAGCGAGACUACAUUUAUAUUAAAAAACGAAUGGUUGCGUUAAGACAAGCCUACAACUGAGCGCCUGAAGAGUAGGCAGAUGCAACUCCAAGAAUACGAUGGACUGAAGGACGAGGAGAAACAGGCCCUGAUCUAAAGGACGGGCUGAAAGUAUUGAUGAUCUAUGUCCUUUACACAUUGCAUGACGAAACGGAUGCUGGUGUUGGCUACACUUGCAUUUUUCUUCGAAUGAGACACGGCGAUGGAUGCUUUUUAUUCUUCUCUGCCCCAUGUCCCGUAACAACACUCUUCUUUAUUACAAGCACUUUAUUUCAGUAUUAUCCAAACAUCUUUAUCGUAGUUAUUUCUCAAUAGCACAAUAGAAUGUUUGCAAUGUCGCUUAAUUGGUAUUUUUGCCAGACUUACUGGCUACUGUCUUGAAUCAAAUACCAUUGUUUACAGCUCGUUCUAUGGCUAAGGGAUGCAAAUUUAAAAUUAUCGCUUUAUUUAUCACUUGCAGCUCUAUUUAUUUUCGAUCGCAUGUGUGUAGUCUUUUUGUAAGAUACGUCGUUACGGCUCUGAAAAAUUACCAAGAUAUUUUCAAUUUGUAAAAUAGUAAGGAUUUAAACCAGAAUCUUUUGUUCAUGCAGACUGAGUCGAUUGAAAAUAAUAAUAAUUUGAAUACAAGGUUAUGCUAUUCGUCAUAGCAAGGGAACAUGUUUUACGCACAUGGAUGAGGCCUUGAUGUUCCAAAAGACACGCCUAAAAUAAAAUGUCUUUGGGGUGUCUGUGCACAAGACAUAAUGGUUUUAUGAAGAGUCUAUAUCUAUCAUAUAGACCCUAUAUCUAUCAUAACCACCAUGAAAGGGAUUUUCAUAAUUACCAUUCACGGUUGUCAUGAAUUACCUUUUUUUGUGGUUGUAUUUAUAGUUUUCCCCAUCAUUUUUGGUUGAAUAAAUAUUCCCCAUUUACCCAUGUUUCUUAGUAUGCCACUUCGGUAGGCGUAGAUGGACGGGAAAAAGCACAAAGCUGUUAUACAGGUAAUUUUAAUACAUUGGGCACAUCCCAAAACUCUUUUAACUAUUUAAAAAGAACCAUAACACAUCCCAGUAACCCAGACUUUAUCUUUUUUUCUUCCUGGAGUGAUGUUAUUAUAAUUGCUGUAGCCUGACUAGGCUAUUAAUCGUGAUUUGCAAUAGCCGUGUUGUAUGUCAUUAAGGCCUAUCAGAACAAGAAAUGUGUACAUUUCUGGUAUACACAAGGUCUAUAUUUAAACCAUUUCAUCUGUUUUAGGAGUGUUUUUCAUUAGCUAUAAGACUAAAAUAUGUUGUUUAAUAUCUACAUUAUUAAACGUUUUUAAGGUUAGCAUUCAUCUGUCUUGACCCUAUGUGCUUUAUUUCUCCUUUUUCACUUGCAGUGUUCAGUGGUCACCAAUUGUAGUCUACCUGUUUUUUUUAUUUAUUUAUUCAAAAGCCAGGUUGCAAAGGCCAGAGUUUCUGGUUGUUUUUUGUGGAAGUGACACAAAAUACCUAUUCCAAAAACGCGUCAAGUAUCUUUUAAAUAGUUUCUUCGCUAGUUUCUUAAUGAUGUAUUUUGUGGUGUCUAGACUAUUACGCGCCUGAAUAUCUUCAUAGCGCAUUCAUGUAACUUAAUUUGCUAGGUAGCUAACUUAAGGUUUUAGUGUAGGUUUAGGGGUUAGAGGAUACGAGUUUGGAUUCGAUUACAUCCUAGAAAAGAAGUUACACGGUUUGAUGUUAGAGGUACAUGUGACAUGCUAGCACAUUAGGCAACUGGUUAUUGUUAUGAUUAGAGCUGGCUGUCAUGCUAGCAAAGGAGUCUAGCCAUUUAAGUACUAAUUCAGAAGUUGUCCAUUUGGAACUUUUUGAUAACUAGCCCCAUAGAUGCAAAGCACAAAGCAGUGUUCUAAUAUCUAUGGCCAGAACGUUUAACUCACCUAUUCUCCCCGACAAUACUCCCUCAUGUAGUGUCCGUCUCAGGUAGACCUAUACUGCGGAAUAAAUGCAUUGUAGCCUAUACAAAAUAUUGUAGAGCGCACGAAAAAAGACACUUUUUGGUAUGCAAAAAUUAAUUGAUGUCUAUUUAAAAAUUAUCGGUUUAUAUUAGGUUGGAGUUUUCACUCGCGAUUUCAAUCGCCAACAAACAUUACGUAUCGUUAAUACAUAUUUUUUUCCAGAAUUUUCCGGAUUGGUCGGGCUGGAAUUUUUAUCUGGUUUUGGUGUUAUAAAUGUUUUUUCUAAUGCCAAUUCAUCGUGAUAACAACUGUGUUACAAAACGAAUAAUUUGUGUGCCAAUUCCAUUUGAUAUCUUGAUUUAUGGAUUAAUUAGACGUUAUUCAAGUUAUCUUAAAUGCUUUCAUUCUGCAUGGACUUUCUCUGAUAUUGUUUGACUACGAAGAUUUGAUGGGAAACGCACGCGGUAACUUCUCCACAUGGACACUGGAUAUACAGCUGUUGGCCUUUUGUCUCCAAAGAAGACUGUGUAGCGUCUGCUGCUAGCACCGCCAUGUUGAACAGCGCACCAUUUUAGUGACGCUGCUGGGGCCUCCCGGUUUUAUCGGUGGAAUUGACAGGGCAUUUAUUGUAGCCUCAGGAAGUCAGGGUAGCGGAUGUGUCCCAGGGAUUAUAUUACUGUUCUUUUCACUACAAUAUUAUUGCCUGCUAUUGUGACAAACAAAGAAGUCUUGACGACUGGGCUAACUCGCGUUAAAGGCCAUUUUGUGCAUGAUUAUAUUGGCAUGGGCAUUCUAUGAUGGCAUGGGCAUUCUACUGUACGUUCUCUGUUAUUAGUUAUUGCUACUUAAUGGCAGUUUGUAAUUUUUCUAUGUUGUGUCUUAACUGCAGAUCACUGUAGUGGUAUAUAUGGAUAAUGGAAUAAAGGUUAUACCGUUUUAAAAAUCGUAUUUAUAAGGCAGGACAUUUAAGGAUGUUCUCUCACGUUUAUAAGGUAUUCGAAUUUCUCCUAAAACGGAUUCCCUCAAGGUCAUUGAAGUGGCCUAUUGGAUGUGAAGACAAAGCUGUUGUGUGGUUUAGGUAGUUUCAAGUUGUUGGGCUGGACGUGUAUCACAGGAACCUGAAACUGCCUGAAUUACUCCAGUAUCUGCCCAUCAAAGCCAGUGCGCAACGCACCAAUGCUACAGCGAGGAUGCGCCAUUUCCACAGAUGUUUGCUCACAUCUACCCUCCAUUUUGUGAUUGCACAGCAAGGAACAUCUGUAUUUAAUAUUAUCUGAGAAAUGUGUUAUUGUUUACUUGGAUUUCAAGUCCAAGAGUGAACUGAAACACAUGGGCGUGUGCAGAGCUAAAUUGCUCAUUUAAGCCUCCCCAACACGCCUGAACGCACUAGGGUGCGAAGAACCCCACUCCAUCAUCUAAAACCAUAAUACAUUUUAUGAAAUACAGAACGCCCAGACACCGUAAAUUACCUACAUUAAAAACACCAGCUCUACCCUCGUUUUGACAUGGUCUGUUUUUUUCUUCUUCAUUUGGUCAUGGGCAAGGCUUUCGUAUUUGCAGUCAUUUGAUAAAUUAAACAUUAACGUUUACUGUCUACAAUAUAUUUUCUGACUUUCAUCUCGUGUCAACUCCGUAAUAGGCCACUAGACAAAUAGA